UGUGGACUCGCUUACACUAUCGGUCAGUUACAUGACACUUCGGAAAGUGACAGUGACAGCUGACAGUGAUACAUUACAGGCAAUUGCCCUUUACACUAACACAACGUGUUUUUGUGAUUCCAGUUCCAACAAGGCACUUGAUUUGUUUGUAACUGUUAAUUUCAUUCUACGGAAACAAAUAAUGUGAUGGUGGAUUUUAUCAACUUAUAAGCGCAAAAGAGGAGUGUUUAAUUGUGACUGGAAUUUCCAACAAACGCAAUGUUGCCAGAAAAAAACGCUAGUCUCCAUAGGUAUAUAGGUAGGUACUUGUUUCACUGGGUUAUAACUCAGGCAGAUGUGUGGUUUCUAAUAUACAGGUGUGUGGAUUUAGUGACUAAAAUUCACGGCCCCUUUGAUCGAAGCGUGAGGAUACUGGAUCAGCUCCUGCAAGAAGAUGACGAAGAACAUGCAGCUCUUGAAGACUUUCGUUUUGAAAACAACGAGAAUGAUGCUGUAGACUGGGCAUUCAGUACAUCGUAUCGGUGGAGACAAGUCGGAAGACCAGCAGAGACUCCAAACAGUGGUGGUCUAUCCCUGUCUCCACCUCACAGCAUCUCACAACGGGAGGCGAUGCAGAUCACGCAACCUGCUAGUGCCCCCACGUCCCCACUUGCGUCUCCUAACUUAACAAGCACACCCUUCAGUUUGACUUGUCCUGGUCAAUCUACUAUAGACCCUAACUGGCAAGCUUCUAAACCUACUGUUAGAGAAAGGAAUGCUGCAAUGUUCAAUAACGAACUUAUGGCCGACAUUCGCUUUGUUGUAGGAAGCCCAGGUCAUACUCAGUCUAUACCAGCACAUAAAUAUGUAUUGGCUACAGGUAGCUCUGUAUUUUAUGCCAUGUUCUAUGGUGGUUUGGCAGAAAACAAGGAAGAAGUUGAGGUCCCUGAUGUUGAACCAUCAGCUUUUCUUACUCUUCUAAAAUAUCUUUACUGUGAUGAAAUUCAGCUUGAGGCUGACACUGUGCUAGCUACACUAUAUGUAGCGAAGAAGUACAUAGUUCCACAUUUGGCAAGGGCAUGUGUCAACUAUUUGGAAACAAGUCUUACUGCAAAAAAUGCCUGCCUCUUGUUGAGUCAGUCAAGAUUAUUUGAGGAACCAGAGUUAAUGCAGAGAUGUUGGGAAGUCAUUGAUGCCCAGGCUGAAAUGGCUUUGAGGUCGGAGGGCUUUGUGGACAUCGACAUCCAUACACUGGAAUCUGUUCUGGCCCGUGAGACACUCAACUGUAAAGAGAUGCAUCUGUUUGAGGCAGCACUAAACUGGGCAGCUGCUGAAUGUGGACGACGAGAUUUGGAAGCUACUCCACAGAACAAGCGCAUUGUUCUGGGUAGUGCACUGUACCUGGUGCGCAUACCCACUAUGAGUCUGGAAGAGUUUGCUAAUGGAGCUGCACAACUGGGGAUUCUUACACUACAAGAAACAAUUGACAUUUUCCUUCACUUCACAGCACAUAACAAACCUCAGCUCAGUUACCCCAUCAAAUCACGUGCUGGCCUUAAACCUCAGGUUUGCCAUCGUUUCCAGUCAUGUGCUUAUCGAAGCAAUCAGUGGCGUUAUCGGGGACGCUGUGAUAGUAUUCAAUUCAGCGUUGACAAACGGAUCUUUGUGAUGGGAUUUGGAUUGUACGGGUCAUCUGGAGGUGCUGCUGAUUACAAUGUUAAGAUCGAGCUGAAGCGUCUGGGUCGAGUUAUGGCAGAAAACAACACUAAGUUUUUUUCAGACGGGUCAAGCAAUACUUUCCAUGUGUACUUCGAACAUCCUAUUCAAAUAGAGCCAGAGUCCUUCUACACUGCAACAGCAAUCUUAGAUGGCAGUGAACUAAGCUACUUUGGUCAGGAAGGAAUGAGCGAAGUGACUGUUGGAUGUGUAACCUUCCAGUUUCAGUGUUCAUCUGAAAGCACAAAUGGGACAGGAGUCCAAGGUGGACAGAUACCUGAGUUGAUAUUCUAUGGCCCUUCUCCAUCUUCAGAUGAACAUUAAUUUCCAUUAAACAUCUACAUAUUUUGGAA